GUGACCCUGCUAGCUACAUGCUUGACCAUCACAGCCAUGACUAUUGACCGAUAUUUUGCCAUCGUUCAUCCAAUCAAAUCACUGCAGCGACGAACGCCAAAAUCUACAGUUAUUAUAUGCGUUGUUAUUUGGCUUGUUUCCCUGACUGUCUGUGUUCCCUUUUUGAUGUUCCAUGAAGUGCAGCAGAUAAUGAUGUUCGCCUUGACGACGGUCUGUCUAGCUCACUGGCCUCCAGGCUGGGAGAAGGUUGCCUCCCUCCUGGUAGUGCUCAUCACAUACGUCAUCCCACUUUUCAUCAUCGUCGUCUGCUACACUCUCAUUCUGAAGUUUCUCUGGAGCCACAGGAUAAACACACAUUCAGAAUUAAAUCACAACUCGGACAUCACAGAGCCAGUGAUGGGCGACGGUACAAUUGUUGCACGCAGAAGAAGAAAAGUUGCCAAAAUCGUUGCAGCAGUGGUCAUCCUGUUUGCAGUCACAUGGUUGCCAAUUCAUUUGUUCAACUUGUGCUUCAACUUUAUGUCAGACUUUCCCAUGAACCAGACAAUUUGUGUGAACCCGUUUGUUUACACCAUCAUGGGAGACAAUUUUCGGAAGGCUUUCAUGGAAUGCAUUUGUGGGAAGAGCUCGCCUUCUAUAACUUUACAUCAUGGGUACUCAAAACGUACAGGUAGUAUCCUGGAGACUCGCUUCAAUGGAGAGUGA